ACAUAGAACUUUUGGGCUCAGCAAAGCGAGGUAUGCUUACUUCGGUCUCUUUCUCGUCUUCACGAAUGCAUUUAGGUAUUGAUUUCAGUUUUCUGCUUAAGCCCAUUUUUGCUCGUGGGUUUUCUGGCUCAUUGUACCUGGUUUUGUUACUUUUAUUGUUUGUCUUGUGGGUGGUAAGGAGGAUUGAGGGUGGUUCUAGUGAGGAGGCAAAGGAGAGGUUUAGGCGCAGGAGGGUAGUAUGGUAUAAGCAGACUCUGUUUUGUUGUUUAGGUGUUUCUGUGUUUAAUAUUGCUCUGUGUUUGUUGAGCUAUUUCUAUUGGUAUAGGAAUGGUUGGUCUGGGGAUAAGCUUGUGACCCUUUCAGAUUUUGUGCUUAAAACACUUGCGUGGGCCGCAAUUUCUGUUUACUUGCAUAACCAUUUCUCUGAUUCUGGUGAACAAAAGUUCCCACUUUUAUUGAGAGUCUGGUGGGGGUUUUAUCUUUCAAUUUCUUGUUAUUGUCUAGUUAUAGACAUUGUUCUUCACAAAAAGCACAUUUCAUUGCCAAGUCAGUAUUUAGUGUCAGAUGUUUUCUCUGUCAUCACUGGUUUCUUCCUCUGUUAUGUGGGGUUUCUUAAUAGAAAUGAGGGCAAAGACAUGAUCCUUGAGGAACCCCUUUUAGAUGGAGAUUAUAGUGUUAGUGGUGUAGAGUCAAAUAAAUCCCGAGGGGUUGACUCUGUAACCCCUUUCUCAAAUGCUGGAAUUUUUAGCAUUCUUUCGUUCUCUUGGAUGGGGUCUUUAAUUGCACUAGGCAAUAAGAAAACUUUAGAUCUUGAGGAUGUUCCUCAACUUGAUAGCCUUGACAGUGUAGCUGGUGCUUUUCCACAUUUUAGAAAUAAGCUUGAGUCAGUUGGUGGUGUUGGGAGUGGAGUUACCACAUUUAAGCUGGUAAAGGCAUUGUUCUUGUCAGUAUGGAAAGAGAUUCUCUUGACAGCUAUGUUGGCGCUUGCGUACACGGUUGCUUCAUAUGUUGGCCCGUAUCUCAUUGAAACAUUUGUUCAAUACCUUAAUGGGCAACGGGAGUUUAAAAACGAGGGGUAUGUUCUAGUCACAACAUUCUUUGUUGCAAAGCUUGUAGAGUGCCAAGCUCAGAGGCACUGGUUCUUUAGGCUGCAGAAAAUUGGAAUUAAGAUUAGAGCAGUACUGGUGGCAAUGAUCUACAACAAGGGCUUGACCCUUUCAUGCCAGUCAAGGCAGAGCCAUACUAGUGGGGAGAUUAUCAAUUUCAUGACUGUUGAUGCUGAAAGAAUUGGUAACUUUUGUUGGUACCUGCAUGAUCCAUGGAUGGUCAUUCUGCAAGUUGCUUUGGCAUUGUUGAUCUUGUAUAAAAAUCUUGGGCUAGCAUCAGUUGCAGCCUUUAUUUCAACUAUUAUUGUCAUGCUAGCAAAUUUUCCUUUGGGAAGAUUGCAAGAGAAGUUUCAGGAAAAGUUGAUGGAAUCAAAAGAUAAAAGAAUGAAGGCAACCUCUGAGAUUCUAAGGAAUAUGAGAAUCCUUAAGCUUCAGGCAUGGGAAAUGAAGUUCCUGUCUAGGAUUAUAGAGCUCAGAAGUUUUGAGACGGGAUGGUUAAAAAAAUUUGUUUACACCUCUGCCAUGACGAGUUUUGUGUUUUGGGUGGCACCUACUUUUGUGUCUGUGGCCACUUUUGGUUCUUGUAUGCUGCUGGGAAUCCCUCUUGAGUCAGGAAAGAUCUUGUCUGCACUUGCAACAUUCAGGAUUCUUCAAGAGCCAAUCUACAAUCUUCCGGAUACAAUUUCAAUGAUAGUUCAGACAAAGGUUUCUCUUGAUAGAAUUGCAUCUUUCCUCUGCCUGGAUGAUUUGAAGCCUGAUGUUAUAGAGAGGCUUCCAAGAGGUAGUUCUGAUACAGCAAUUGAGAUCAUUGAUGGGAAUUUCUCCUGGGAUUUAUCUACCCCAAGUGUAACCUUGAAAGAUAUAAAUUUGAAAGUGCACCAUGGUAUGAGGGUUGCUGUUUGUGGCACUGUUGGCUCUGGCAAGUCAAGUUUACUUUCUUGUAUAUUGGGGGAGAUACCAAAAAUAUCGGGGACUCUUAAGUUGUGUGGCACAAAGGCAUAUGUUGCUCAAUCACCUUGGAUACAGAGUGGAAAGAUUGAAGAAAACAUAUUGUUUGGUAAGGAGAUGGACAGGGAAAGGUAUGAGAUGGUGCUUGAAGCUUGUUCCCUCAAAAAAGACCUAGAAAUCCUGUCAUUUGGUGAUCAGACAGUCAUAGGUGAGAGAGGAAUCAAUUUGAGUGGAGGACAGAAGCAAAGAGUACAGAUUGCACGUGCACUCUACCAAGAUGCUGAUAUCUAUCUAUUUGAUGAUCCUUUUAGUGCAGUGGAUGCUCAUACUGGAUCUCACUUAUUGAAGGAAGUUCUGCUGAGCAUGUUGAGUUCAAAAACAGUAAUAUUUGUUACUCAUCAAGUUGAGUUCUUGCCUGCUGCUGAUCUAAUAUUGGUCAUGAAAGACGGGAAGAUUACACAAGCUGGAAAAUACAAUGACAUUCUAAGUUCUGGAACUGAUUUUAUGGAGCUUGUAGGCGCACAUAAGAAAGCCUUGUCAGCACUUGACUCAGUUGAGACAGGAUCGCUUUCUGCAGGAGUAAGUUUGAACGAAGAAGGUGGUGUGAGUAGCACAAUCGGGAACAUGCAGAAAGAAGAAAAUAAUGACGUUCAAAAUGGUAAAACUGCUGACAUUGUUGGGCCUAAGGAGCAGCUUGUUCAAGAAGAAGAACGAGAGAAAGGUCGAGUUGGGUUUUCAGUCUACUGGAACUAUAUUACAACAGCAUAUGGAGGAGCUCUAGUGCCCGUUAUAUUGCUGGCACAGAUAUUUUUUCAGGUUCUUCAGAUUGGUAGCAAUUACUGGAUGGCCUGGGCAACUCCUGUGUCAGAGGAUGUAAAGCCCUUAGUUGAGGCCUCUACACUAAUAAUGGUAUAUGUUGCUUUGGCCAUUUUAAGUUCUUUUUGUGUCUUUGCUAGAGCCAUGCUUCUUAAUACAGCUGGAUACAAAACAGCAACUCUACUGUUCAAUAAAAUGCAUCAUUGCAUCUUCCGUGCUCCCAUGUCUUUCUUUGAUGCCACUCCAAGUGGGCGUAUACUGAACAGAGCAUCGACAGAUCAAAGUACAGUAGAUUUGAACAUUCCAAAUCAAGUAGGUGCACUCGCCUUCUCAAUGAUCCAGCUCCUUGGAAUCAUUGCAGUUAUGUCUCAGGCUGCAUGGCAAGUCUUUUUUGUUUUUAUCCCUGUGAUUGCUACCUCCGUAUGGUAUCAGCAAUAUUACAUAUCUUCAGCACGAGAACUUGUGAGGUUGAUUGGAGUAUGCAAAGCUCCAGUGAUACAAAAUUUUUCUGAAACGAUUUCAGGAGCAACAACUAUCAGGAGCUUUGAUGAAGAACCAAGAUUCAGAGAGAAAAACAUGAAACUGAGUGACUCUUUUUCUCGGCCUGUAUUCCAUGCUGCUGGUGCUAUUGAAUGGCUCUGCUUCCGUCUAAAUAUGUUGUCUUCUAUUACAUUUGCCUUCUCUUUGGUGUUCUUAAUCUCUAUUCCUCCGGGAGUUAUUGAUGCAGGCAUUGCUGGCCUAGCUGUGACAUACGGACUCAAUCUGAAUAUGUUGCAAGCAAUGGUAAUAUGGAAUCUGUGCAAUCUGGAGAACAAAAUUAUAUCAGUUGAGAGAAUAAUUCAGUACUCUAGCAUUCCCAGUGAGCCUCCUCUUGUGAUUGAAACAAAUCGCCCAGCUCAUUCUUGGCCAUCUCAUGGAAAAAUUGAUAUUCAUGAUCUGCAGGUCCGUUAUGCCCCACACAUGCCACUUGUGUUGCGGGGCCUUACAUGCACUUUUCCAGGAGGGUUGAAAACUGGUAUUGUAGGGAGGACCGGCAGUGGUAAAUCAACUCUUAUACAGACACUUUUCCGGAUUGUUGAACCUGCAGCUGGCCAGAUUAUAAUAGAUGGUGUCAACAUCUCAUCCAUUGGACUGCAUGAUUUGCGGUCAAAACUAAGCAUCAUUCCUCAGGAUCCAACAAUGUUUGAAGGGACUGUUAGGAGCAAUCUGGAUCCUCUUGAAGAAUACACUGAUGACCAGAUUUGGGAGGCUCUUGAUAAGUGCCAACUUGGAGAAGAAGUUAGGAAGAAGGAAGGAAAACUAGAUUCUACAGUUAGUGAGAAUGGAGAAAAUUGGAGCAUGGGACAGAGACAGCUGGUAUGUCUUGGCCGUGUGUUACUGAAGAAAAGUAAGGUCUUAGUGCUUGAUGAAGCUACUGCAUCUGUUGACACAGCUACUGAUAAUCUUAUUCAGCAAACCCUAAGGCAACACUUUUCGGACUGUACGGUCUUAACGAUUGCACACCGGAUAACUUCCGUCCUAGACAGUGACAUGGUUCUGCUUCUGAAUCAUGGACUCAUUGAAGAGUAUGAUUCUCCAGCAAGACUGCUGGAAAACAAGUCUUCAUCUUUUGCUCAGCUUGUAGCAGAGUAUACUACAAGGUCAAAUUCUAGUUUUGACCACUGAACAUCAGACCUUAAUAAUUGCAGCUGAGAGAAGUUUUGUCAGGACAAUGAUGGAGAUUUGCUGGGAUGAUUUAAUAUUUUCACACUUAGUAUUGAAGAUAAUGGCAUCAAGAUGACUCGUUGUGUACUUCAUAUACAUCUUUGUUUGAAAUAAUAUCAAUCUUGUGAGGUUGUGAUAUCUGUUGUUUUUUGAUAAUGUUUCUGGUUACUUGCUCUAGUUUGCAUACUUUAUAAGGGUUUCAAAGAAGUAGGAAAGUAGCUAGAAAGAUGAACAUAGUGGUCGAACCCUCUUCAAUUUUCAUCCAACCGAGUCUUGUACGAUCGAUAUUGGCUAAGUUAAAGAGAUGUAUACUUUUGGUGUAUUGUAACUGUAUAUUCAAAGUCGAAACGAUACACACUGUUGUAUACCAUUCCUAAAAUAUCAAAAU